AUGAGGAUCGUUUGUGUGCUGGCCGCACUCGUCCUGGGCAUUUCUGCGUCCGGAGAUGUGUUGGAAUAUACUGACAGCAAUUUCGAUGAACUUAUUGCUUCACACGAAGUCGCUUUGGUGAAAUUCUACGCCCCAUGGUUAGUUCUUAUCAAAUAUUCGAAAAUCAAAGUCCGAAGAAGUAAACCUUAUCAAGUAACGCACUAUGCGUUGCCGUGGAGGGUUGACUGUACUGUCGAGAAGGCCACUUGCGACAAAUUCGGCGUGAAGGGAUUCCCAACAUUGAAGAUCUUCCGUAAUGGAUUAGAAGCUCAGUCAUACGAUGGACCUCGUGAAGCAGACGGCAUCGUAAAAUACAUGCGCGGACAAGCGGGCCCUUCAGCUAAGGAACUCAAAACAGUGGAAGAGUUCAAG